AGAUCGUAGGAGGUGCCGGCACACCGUAUGAGACCGGGAUCUUCGACCUGGAGAUACUUGUUCCUGAAAGGUACCCGUUUGAGCCCCCCAAGAUCCGCUUUCUGACCCCAAUCUAUCAUCCCAACAUUGACUCUGCUGGGAGGAUUUGCCUGGAUGUUCUUAAAUUACCACCAAAGGGUGCUUGGAGACCUUCCCUGAACAUCUCCACUCUGCUGACCUCCAUACAGCUGCUGAUGGCAGAGCCCAACCCCGAUGACCCUCUCAUGACGUCCAUAGUACGUGAGCUCCUCCUCUCCCUCCCCUGCAGCUGGACUGAGAAGUACGCGAGCCAGCAGAGGAGGGCUCUGGGGGAGAAGACGAACCCCAGUGACACGAGUGUCCCCGAGGGAGGGGCUGCCCAGAAGAGGAAAGGGAAUAGUCUGAGCAAGAAGGAGAAGGUCCCUCGCCUGGAACCCUGA